AUGACAGAUCGUAAAAGUGGAAUGGUACAAGCUUAUGGUUACCCUAGUAACCCAGGUACGAACCAGAUAGUAUCAAGAGCCGUUGCUGCUGCUGCUGCCAAUAGCCAUCAUUCGAGUCGCGGGAAAUCAGGCCGCAAUUCAAAAAGAUAUUCAGUCUCUGCCUUUUAUUCAAUGGCUGCUGAGCAAGAUAACGAAGUAGAAGAUGAACUAGCACAAGCACAAAGAAGUUUACGAGACUUGAAGGCAAAGAUUUCUGCACAAUCUAAAAAGAAUUUUGUAUUAGAAAGAGAUGUGCGUUAUUUGGAUUCACGUAUUGCUCUCUUAAUCCAGAACCGUAUCGCUCUUGAUGAACAAAAUGAAAUGGCUUCCCAUCUUGAGGAACAUGGCAUGGGCGAAAGUGAUUCAUUUCCCGAUGAUAGAAAAAUGCAGCUAUAUGGUAAUCUUUUUUACAUCUUACAAAGUGAGCCAAGACAUAUUGCUACAUUAUGCAGACUUGUUAGUUUGGCAGAAAUCGAUUCUCUACUUCAGACUGUCAUGUUUACACUCUAUGGAAAUCAAUAUGAGAGUAGAGAAGAACACCUGUUGUUGACUAUGUUCCAGAAUGUGCUUGCUGCUCAGUUUGAAACAUCAACAGAGUUUGGGUCACUCUUGAGAGCAAAUACACCUGUGUCUCGUAUGAUGACCACUUACACUAGACGUGGUCCCGGUCAAUCUUACCUAAAAUCCAUCUUAUCAGACAAGAUUAAAGAUCUUGUGCAAGAUCAAAACUUGAACUUGGAAAUUAACCCACUCAAAGUAUAUGAACAAAUGGUGGCACAAAUGGAGAGUGAAAAGGGAUAUUUACCACCAGAUUUGCCAAAAAGUGUCACACCAGAAGUAGCUGCUAGUAACCCUAUUGUUCAGAGCAUUAUUGAGCCUCGACUUGAGAAGCUUGUUGACAUUGCAGAAAGUUUCUUGACCACUAUUAUCUCAUCCACUUCUUCUGUGCCAUAUGGUAUUCGCUGGAUCUGCAAGCAAAUUCGUUCUCUAACAAAACGAAAGAGUCCAGACGCCUCGGAAUACUCUGUUUGUUCCAUGAUUGGUGGGUUUUUCUUCUUAAGAUUUAUCAAUCCUGCUAUUGUCACACCAAGAGCCUAUAUGCUGCUGGAUACUGUGCCUGGUAAUGCACCCAGAAGAACACUCACAUUGAUUGCAAAAAUGCUACAGAAUCUGGCCAAUCGACCUUCUUAUGCUAAAGAGACUUACAUGUUACCCACAAACCCUUUUGUUGAGAAAAACAAACAAAGAAUCAACAAGUUCUUGAAUGAGCUAUGUGAAGUCAGUGAUUUUUAUGAAACGCUCGAAAUGGAUCAAUAUAUGGCACUAUCCAAAAAAGACAUUUUGAUCAACAUUACUCUCAACGAAAUGUACAGUACACAUUUACUUGUUCAGCGUCAUUUGGAUACAGUUGCACCUAAAGAAAAAGAUCAUUUGCGUAUCUUGAUGUCUGAUCUCUCUCCUGCACCUACUCAAGUAUCAAGAAAAGAGAACAAGACUGUUGAUCUGCCUUUGUUUAGUCGAUGGGAAAUACCUAUUCAAGACCUUACCACUGCACUCAUGUCAGAAAACAAUAUCACACAGAACGAUAUCCUCUAUAUGGAAACCAAAGCAAUUUAUGUUCAAUUGAUCCGUUCAUUGCCUCAUCUUGCUUCUAGUCCUUUGGAUUUAGAUUACAUUGCAGAGACAGCAGCUACUACCAAAGACGCACAGCUAGUAAGAAAGGGUAUUAAAGUUAAAGAUAUGUUGCGUGAACUAGAAGAUGCGGGCGUCAUUGAUCACCGAGACCACUACAAAUUACUUGUGGAAGAAAUCACACAGGAGCUAGCUCAUUUGGGUAGCUUAAAAGAAAAAGUGUUACAGGAAUCAACAUCAUUGGAAGGUGUCUACAAGACUAUCUUGGACCACAAUGGCUAUUUAAGAAGUCAACUGGAAAGCUACAAGGCUUAUCUUCAAAAUGUCAGAAUUCAAAGUGGUGGUGAAAAGACAUCCAAAAAUUCAGUUGGUAUUGGUGUUGAAAUUGAAGGUGGAGGAAAACACCGAAAAGCAGCAAAAGGUCCACCUAAAGGACCCUUCAAGUUCUCACAUAAUCAUUUGGAAAAAGAUGGUGUUAUUACUGAAAGCACCGUACCAGAAAACAGGCGUCCUAAUAUCUUUUUCUCAAUCACAUCGCCUUUACCUGGUACGUUUAUCAUUGCUAUGCAUUUUAAGGGACGUGAUAAAGCUAUAUUGGAAAUGGACUUGAAAUUAGAUGACUUGCUUGAAAAGCAACAAGACAAUGUCGAGUUAUUGGAUCUUGAAUAUGUUCGCUUGAAUGUCACUAAAACGCUCGCUCUUUUGAAUAAGACGUUUGUAACCAGGCAUAAGUAA